UCUACAUGAAACGGUUAACCGACAUACACAGAAAAGGAUAGCAAUACAGUACAAAGAAUAAAAAGCAGCUCAAUUUUAGUUUCAGUCGACAAGAAAAAAAGCCAUCUUGAAGGACGAAGCUAUCAUGAUUCGGCUGUGUAGAAAAAAAGAAGCGCGAUGGAAGUCCCAGCAAAUAAUGGCUGCAAUCAGGAAGAAGCUGGUGAUAGUUGGAGACGGUGCGUGUGGGAAGACCUGCCUCCUCAUCGUCUUCAGCAAGGAUCAGUUCCCAGAGGUCUACGUCCCCACCGUAUUUGAGAACUACAUCGCUGACAUUGAAGUUGAUAGCAAACAGGUGGAAUUGGCGCUGUGGGAUACUGCCGGCCAGGAGGAUUAUGACCGGCUGCGGCCUCUCUCCUACCCUGACACCGACGUUAUACUUAUGUGCUUCUCCAUAGACAGCCCUGACAGUUUAGAGAACAUUCCUGAGAAAUGGACCCCUGAAGUAAAGCACUUCUGUCCCAACGUCCCCAUCAUCCUUGUGGGCAACAAGAAGGACCUUAGAAACGAUGAACAUACACGCAGGGAGUUGACCAAGAUGAAACAGGAGCCCGUCAAGUCUGAGGAGGGCAAAGACAUGGCACAACGCAUCGGUGCCUUUGGCUACCUGGAGUGCUCAGCCAAGACUAAGGACGGCGUGCGGGAAGUGUUUGAGAUGGCUACCAGAGCAGCGCUGCAGGUCCGCAAGCGCAAGAAGCGGGGCGGCUGCCAGUUACUGUGAGGAGUCUGUAUCUGCUGGCUGAUGAGCAUUUGAGGGAGGACCCUCCCAGA